AUGACUGUGAUCGCAUCGUAUUGUUUUAAUUUUAACGAAGUUCCUGUUUUUCGAGCUGUAUUUAAAAUCUCAAUUAUUGACAAGUCUGAAUUAGUUGAAAUUAAGGGCAAUGUUGCUGUUGAGGCGAGCGCCAAAAAUUUCUGCCUCAAACGCCAAGAAGAAGCCAAACUCUUCAUCGUCCUCUACCAGAACGACCGAUCCUCGGACUUCCUCCGCAGCGGCGCCCUCAUCGAAGACGUCCAGCGCACCUACGGCAGCGACGCCGUCGUCGCCAUCCACACCAACGAGACCUUCUCCAGAGCCCGGGCCCUCGAGCUCGGUUUGAGCCUCCUCAGCGGCGACGACCUGGUGCUCUUCAUGGACGUGGACAUGAUCUUCCACCCCCGCAGCCUCCAGCGCGUCCGCCAGAACACCGUCAAGGAAAAAAGUGUCUAUUUCCCCAUAGUGUAUAGCCUGUACAAUCCUCGACUCCUGAACAGGACGUACCCCGAUAAUUACUCAUUUUUCAGCGACGAUAUCGUGGACGAAGACAGCGGUUUCUGGCGGCAGUUCGGGUUCGGGAUCGUGAGUUUGUACAAAAGUGACUACGUGGGUUUGGGGGGGUUGAACUUGCUGAUAUCCGGGUGGGGGUUCGAGGACGUCACCUUCUACGACAACGCGAUCAAAUCGAGCUUGAGGAUCGUGAGGAGCGUCGAUCCUAAUUUGAUCCACGUCUAUCACUCCAUCGAAUGUGAUAUUAAUUUAGACGCUGCGCAAAAAACUACGUGCUUGGGGACUCAGGCGAAUAUGUUGGGGUCUUUGAAGCAGCUGCAGAAGGUGUACGAGAGAUACGAGGAGGUGAUUUUUUUCGUCCACUUUUUCCUCAAGUCCAUAGAAAAUCCUAGUGAGGGUAUUCUAUGCUCAAGUCCGAAAAAAUACCUUGAACACAACAAUAUUCCAAAAUUUAUACCGGAAGUGGCGGCUAUAAAGUACGGAUGGCACAGAACACACGGUUGGUUACACUCUGGGGUUUUUGUUCAAUACGGUUGA